AUGGUUUUUAUUUCGCCUCUAGAGGCCGCUCUCGUACCGACGGAGGAAGCUUCUCGGACGCUCGGCAGUGGACGCAGCCGGGAGAAACUAUCGCUUCCUCCGUUUCAGCUCCACCUCGUUUCACCCGAACCCCCACUGACCAAACGGGCGUGCAGGGCUGAGUGGCCUCCUUCGUGUGCCAGGCGACAGGAGACCCACAGCCUCGAAUCUCUUGGAGCAGGAAGGGCAAAAAAAGUCACCAACCAGAGAUUUGAGGUGAUUGAGUUUGAGGACGGCUCCGGUUCAGUCUUACGCGUGCAGCCGCUGCGGACCCCACGUGAUGAGGCUAUAUACGAGUGCGUGGCGUCUAACGAGGCCGGAGAGAUCAGCGCCUCCACUAGCCUCCUGGUGCUGCGCGAGGACCUGCUUCCUCCCGGCUUCCCGUCCAUAGAUAUGGGUCCUCAGCUCAAGGUGGUGGAACGCUCUCGCACAGCCACCAUGCUGUGUGCAGCCAGCGGCACUCCUGACCCAGAGAUCACCUGGUUUAAGGACUUCCUUCCCAUCGACACACACACUCACGGACGCAUCAAACAGCUGCGCUCAGGUGCAUUGCAGAUUGACCGGAGCGAAGAAACCGAUCAAGGGAAAUACGAGUGCGUGGCUACAAACGGCGCCGGGACGCGUUACUCAACACCCGCUAACCUCUACGUCAGAGUGCGCCGGAUCUCUCCACGCUUCUCUGUGCCACCCAUGGAUUACGAGGUCAUGCCCGGAGGAGGGGUGAACAUCACAUGCCAGGCGAUAGGCGUUCCCAUGCCGUACGUCAAGUGGAUGCUCGGAACGGAGGACCUGACCCCGGAGGACGACAUGCCCAUCGGAAAGAACGUGCUAGAACUCACAGACGUGCGCCAGUCAGCCAAUUACACCUGCGUGGCCAUGUCGACUCUCGGCGUCAUCGAAACAGUUGCACAGAUCACAGUCAAAGCCCUCCCGAACCCUCCAGGCCCUCCGGUCGUCAUGGAGCGUUCAGCCACCAGCAUAACCUUAAUGUGGGACAGCGGAAACCCACUUCCUGUUUCCUAUUACGUCAUCCAGCACCGACCCACCUCCUCCAACGACCCUUUUAAAGAGAUCGACGCCGUGGCGACGACCCGGUACAGCGUCGGCGGCCUCAGCCCGUACUCGCACUAUCAUUUCCGGGUCAUAGCGGUGAAUUCGAUCGGCCGCGGCCCACCGAGUCCUACGGUAGAGGCUCGCACGGCAGAGCAAGCCCCGAGCUCGGCGCCACGCCGAGUCAGAGGCCGCAUGCUCAGUGUCUCCACGGCAAUGGUGCAGUGGGAGGAGCCAGAGGAGGCAAACGGACAGGUGGUCGGCUACCGGGUUUACUACACGUCUGAUCCGUUGUUGUCAGUCAACCAGUGGGAGAAGGAGAUGGUUCGUGGAGCGAAUUUCCUGACAAUACAGGAUCUCACACCAAACAAGACCUAUUACAUUAGAGUUCUGGCUUUUACUGCAGUGGGAGAUGGUCCUCUCUCCAAUGACCUGCACAUCAUUGCCAAGACUGGAGUUCCUUCUCAGCCUACUGAGCUGAAAGCAGAGGUGAAGUCCGAGACCAGCGUACUGCUCUCCUGGCUUCCUCCAGCUCACAGUGGCACCGACGCCAUCAUAGGAUACGAGCUCAUAUACAGGCUCGGAGACCAGCCUGAGCAGAAGAUCGUGUUCGAACCCAGCUCCAGCUACGUGCUAAAGAACCUGAAGCCCUUCUCCACCUACGCCUUUCAGUUAGCGGCGCGCAGUAAACACGGCGUGGGGGCCUUCACCAGCGAGCUCAGCAUACAAACGCCACAAUCCCUGUUUGCUGUGAACUUCCGUGUGAAAGCUGCUAUGAAGAGUUCAGUAUGGCUUGCCUGGGAGCCACGAACCUCACCGAACAAACCCUCGACGUUCACCAUCUCAUACGGCGACGGCCGCAGACUGGACAUCGACGGGCGUCUCGGGCUGCAGCGGGUCUCCGAGUUAAAGCCGCAGUCGCUCUACACGUUCCUCCUGAGCAACAAAGCAGACGGCAGCGAGGGCCUGCAGCACCGUGCCGACGCCAUGACCGCUCCGAACCUGCUGCCCAGGAAACCUCAGCUGGUGGAGAAGAGCAGCUCCGAGAGCACAGCCACACUGCAGCUGCCGUCCGUGCACGCACACGCCCCCGUCAGGGGUUUCUAUAUCAUUGUCGUCCCACUGAAGAGGCAGAGAGGAGGAAACUUCCAGAAUCCGUGGAGCGAUCCAGAUGACAUGAAUUUAGACGAGCUACUGAGGAUGAUCAACGGUACGAGCCGAUCGGUGCGUUUACGGAGGCAGGCCGAACUGAAGCCGUACAUCGGCGCCUACUUCCAGAACCUUCCGUCGGAGUUUAAGCUGGGAGACGGGCGUGUGUACGGAGUGUUCCUGAAUCGACAGCUUCUCCACGGUCAGGAGUAUGUCUGCUUCGUGCUGGCCAUUUUAGAGCUAGGACAGAAUACCGUGUACUCGACCAGCCCGUUUUCGGACGCCGUGGCGUUCUCAGACAUGGAGCCUCAGCCAAUCGUGGACGAGGAGGAGGGGCUGCUUUGGGUGGUGGGGCCUGUCCUGGCGGUCAUUUUCAUCAUCAGCAUAGUCAUCCUCAUCCUUCUGUUUAAGAGCAAACCGGACAGGAAGCGGGCGGAAUUAGAGGGCAGGAAGUGCAGCUUCCCAAGUAGUGGCAAAGCUAUGAGCUCCCAGCAUCCCUCAGACCCCGUGGAGCUCCGCAGAAUCAACUUCCCUACACCCGGUUUGCGUUCCUCCGGUUAUCGUCGUUUACCAAGUAUGACCAGUCAUCCUCCAGUUCCUAUCUCAGAAUUGCCCGGUUACAUAGAGAGGAAGAAAGCCAACGAGAGCCUGAGGUUCUCUCAGGAGUACGAGUCUAUUGACCCUGGGCAGCAGUUCUCUUGGGAGCACUCAAACCUGGACAUUAAUAAACCAAAGAACCGUUAUGCAAAUGUCAUUGCCUACGACCACACCAGAGUGGCGCUGUCUAACAGCGAUGGUCAGCCAGGUGGCGACUACAUCAAUGCUAAUUUCAUCGACGGGUACCGGCGACAAGGCGCCUACAUCGCCACACAGGGGCCCAUGCCAGAUACUAUCAGUGACUUCUGGAGGAUGGUGUGGGAGCAGCACACGGCGAACAUCAUCAUGAUCACCAAACUGGAGGAGAAAUCAAGGAAUAAGUGUGAUCAGUACUGGCCGAGCAGAGGUACAGAGACGUACGGCCUCAUGCAGGUCUCUGUGUUAGACACCGUAGAGCUUGCCACAUACUGCGUCAGGACCUUCGCACUCUUUAAGAGUGGCAGCAGUGAGAAGCGGGAGGUCCGUCAGUUCCAGUUCACAGCGUGGCCCGAUCACGGUGUACCUGAACACCCCACGCCCUUCCUGGCCUUCCUGCGCAGAGUCAAAGCCUGUAAUCCUCCAGACGCCGGGCCGAUCGUAGUGCACUGCAGCGCGGGCGUGGGGCGUACCGGCUGCUUCAUCGUGAUCGAUGCCAUGCUGGAGCGUGUGAAGCAGGAGAAGACAAUCGACGUGUACGGUCACGUGACGCUGAUGCGCACUCAGAGAAACUACAUGGUGCAGACGGAGGAGCAGUACGUGUUUAUAUACGACGCUCUGCUGGAGGCCGUCACCUGCGGCAACACGGAGGUGCCUGCGCGCAACCUCUACGCCUACAUCCAGAGACUCACGCAGGCCGAGCCGCCCGACAACAUCAGCGCCAUGGAGCACGAGUUUAAAAGGUUAGCCAACGCCAGGGCGCACAACUCCCGGUUUGUGAGCGCCAACCUGCCCUGCAACAAGUUUAAAAACAGGCUGGUGAACAUCAUGCCGUACGAGAGCACACGUGUGGGCCUGCAGCCGAUCCGAGGAGUGGAGGGGUCCGACUACGUCAACGCCAGCUUUAUAGACGGCUACAGGCAGCAGAGGGCGUACAUCGCCACGCAGGGUCCUCUGGCUGAGACCGCUGAAGAUUACUGGAGAAUGCUGUGGGAACACAACUCCACUAUUGUAGUGAUGCUCACUAAACUCAGAGAGAUGGGGAGGGAGAAGUGCCAUCAAUACUGGCCGUCGGAGAGGUCGGCACGCUAUCAGUACUUUGUGGUGGACCCCAUGGCUGAGUACAACAUGCCGCAGUACAUCCUGCGAGAAUUUAAAGUGACCGACGCCAGGGACGGCCAGUCCCGCACUGUUCGCCAGUUCCAGUUCACCGAUUGGCCGGAGCAGGGCGUGCCUAAGUCUGGCGAAGGCUUCAUAGAUUUCAUUGGCCAAGUACACAAGACAAAAGAGCAGUUUGGUCAAGACGGACCAAUCACAGUACACUGCAGUGCUGGUGUGGGGAGGACAGGUGUCUUUAUCACUUUGAGCAUAGUGCUGGAGAGGAUGCGUUAUGAAGGAGUGGUCGACAUCUUCCAAACUGUCAAAAUGCUGCGAACACAGAGACCAGCCAUGGUGCAGACGGAGGAACAAUAUCAGUUUUGCUACCGUGCAGCGCUGGAGUACCUGGGCAGUUUCGAUCACUAUGCAACAUAAAGCGUCUGUGGCGUCUCCCCGUCUCUCCGGACCAGCAGGACGUUUCCUCCUGUGUCAUCUUCUGUGCUAAAUCACUCCGAGUCUCCCAGUGCCGGCUGCAUUUACACCAUCUGUCCCGAGAGCUCCUGGCUCUGGAAACUGUAAGGUAGCACUGAAUUGAUCCAGAGGUCAGUUUAGUUUUGUUCAAUUCAGAGCUAUCUUAAGCUAAUCUUUAAAUAAUCACCACGGACGUUUAAAUCCAGCGCCUGGGAGACGGGCCCGACGGCUUUUCUUUUCAGAUCGUGUUUUUGACUCAACUUUCCCACUGAUUAGUUUCCAACUUGUAAGAGACUGGGGUUAAUACCUAAUCACCGAAGUUUUUGAGCUGACACAGCACCCAAUCACACGCACACACACACACGCACACACGCAGAGUGGACCAGCGGCAGCCGUGUAAGGCUGUGCAAUACUGAAUAUCACUGCACUUCGGCUUGAACUCAAAGCACACAGAUUAAUUCAUCCAGAGUAAUUCUACACGGAAUUGUUUAAGUAUAAAAAUGAAUAUACAGUAUUCAUACAUGUGUACUGUACGUGGUGGUCUGGGAAAACAUCUGUCCGAUGCGCUAGCUGAAUUCCGGAAAACUAUAAACUAUUCCAGAUAUUAUAAAGAUUAUAUAUAUAUAUAUAUUUCACCGCGUA